AUGCCCAAGGGAAAGGGAAAAGGAAAAGGUCCACAAGGGAAAAGGAUCACCUUGAAAGUGGCCAAAAAUUCAAUGCGGGUACUUUUUAAUGGAAGGCGCCGUCUUGAGCUAAGCAAAAUGGGCAUUGCCGUGUUCCCCAAGUGCCUUCUGGAGCUGGCUGACGUGGAGGAAAUUGAUUUGAGCAGAAACAUGUUAAGAAAGAUUCCAAACAUCAUUGAGAAGUUCCAAAAUCUGAUGUGGCUGGACCUGCAUAGUAACCAGAUUGAUGAGCUGCCCCCAGAGAUAGGCACACUUCGCAACCUUACUUACCUGAAUUUAUGCAACAACAAGCUGACCACAAAAGGUCUGCCAGAGGAGUUGACCCUUCUCAGGAACCUGCGUACUCUCAACCUUGGCUUAAACUGUCUUGAGAGUAUUCCCACCACUCUUGGGUCCCUGAAGGAACUUAUUGAGCUAGGUCUCUUUGACAACUCCUUGACCAUCAUCCCGAAGAGUGUGAAAAAGCUCCCCAAGAUUGAGAGAAUGAAUGUAAAAAGAAACCCUUUGCCAGAAUUUGCAAAGGAAGAGGAGCCAAUUGACACCAUUAAACGCAUAGAAUCGCUUUACUUAGUAGAAAAGAAAGACCUGUGCAAUUCCUGCCUGCAGACCUGCCAGGGUGAGAGGGACGAGCUGCACAAGUUGGAGGACAUGACACCCGGCCCCUCAGAGAAGCCAGAUUUCACUUCACUCAUUACACCCAAUUCUACUGCAAUAGAAAACCAAGAAGAGUGGAGAAUAAAAGACGACAAUCCUUCAAAUACACCAAGGCACUCUCCAGACCCUGAAGAUCCAUGA